AUGCUAAAGCGCCAAAUCCUCGGACUGCUUGCGGCUCUGAUCCUCCUUUACGCCCUAUCCUACGUAGCACGCGACUUCUACUGGCAUCACGAAGACAAAAGCAAUGUCCCUUACAAGGGACCAUACACGGCAUUGAUCGAAGGCGACCCGAGUCUCGGUUUCCUCUCACUCCAAGAUGCCUCAACUUUCUGCCAAAGACGCCGUUUAGACAUCUACGAAACCCGGGCUCAACGCCGAAAGGUCUACGAUCUCUUCCUCAUCAAUACCGAGCUCGAUUGGUUAGAGAUCCGUCUGAACGAUCUAAACGAGGAAGUUGAUUACUUCGUCAUCCUGGAAUCAGACAUCACAUUCCAGGAAAAUCCCAAACCUCUACACUUCGAGAACAACUACUCCAAAUUCGAGCCCUUCCACUCCAAGAUCAUCCACCGCAUCGUGAACUUCACCGACUCAUCUAUUCCCGCAGGUGAUACCUGGGAGCACGAACGCUUCACUCGCAACGCCCUCUUCACCCAAGCCCUCACCUCCCUGUCCGGCGAACAAGCUCCUACCCAAGGUGACGUUCUCGUCAUCGGCGACGUCGACGAGAUUCCCCGUCCCAGCACCCUUGUCACACUACGCAACUGCGCCUUCCCACCUCGAGUCACCCUUCGGAGUCACUUCUAUUACUACAGCUUCCAAUGGCUCCACCGCGGCGAGCAAUGGGCUCAUCCCCAAGCAACCUUCUUCAACGGCCUCAAAGAUACCAUCAACCCGGAGGACCUGCGCACCGGAAAGCCGCACGUGGAGCUCUACAACGCGGCAUGGCAUUGCAGUUCGUGUAUGCAGACGAUGAAGCAUUUGGUGAAUAAGAUUGAGUCCUUCUCGCACAAAGGGUACAACGAUCCAUAUAUCCUUGACCCGCAGAGGCUGCUACAAAGGGUCAGGAAAGGGGAAGAUCUCUUUGAGAGGGAGACGGAGGUAUUUGAUCGCGUGGACGAUAACAUGGAUGUGCCGAGGUACCUGUUGCAAGAGGGGAAUCGGCAGAAGUUUGCGUACAUGCUGGAUCGGGAUCCGCCAAGUGCUAACUUUCAGGACAGUUGA